GGGGUCGGCUGGUGCUGAAGUUGAGCGCCCAGGAAGGGGGCUCCUGGGUGGAAGCUCAGGACACCCCGCGUUUGGGGCGCCCACGCCAGCCCCCCUCGGAGGAUGCGAGUGACGACGACGACGGUGCACCAGGGACGUCCUCUGGUGCAGGAGGCGGCGCUACGCCACCACUCAGAGGCAGUUCCCGGUGCACGUCGUGGCCAGAGACAGCCCCUCUGACACCUUCGGGAAGCCUAGCAACAGCGAGGAUGGCGACACCUGAGGACAGCACCUCAGGGGGUUGCAACAACACGAACAACAGCACGGAAGAUGAAGACGCAGGCGACGACGACAGCAACCAGCAGCGGCCCCCAUCAGCCUCCAGGGCUGCGGCUUCGCCCAAGUGCCCGCCUCAGGCACCCCCUCUAGGCCCCCCUCCACCCCUGAAUUUGACCCUACGUCCCCCAGCACCACCUAGGACCCAGAGCGCCUCCAACUCACCACCACCACUGUUGAUGCCACAGGGGUCACCGCUCGCUGACGGCUGCGUGGAGCGUUGUCGCCCCAACUGGCGUGGUGGCCGGCCUGCCGGAGUGCCUUUCCUGGCGCCCCUGUUCACCACCAGCACCACCUCACCCCUGGUGACACCGGUUGCCACUGGCACUGCAGUCUCAGCCGAUGGCCCGCUGGACCUGUCUUCCCCGGUGGACACCAAGAAGCUGGUGCCAAAGUGACCUGGCCUAUGUGCAAACAAACACAUGGUGGCAACAUGUGCAAUGACUCCUCGCGAAACCGUGUACAUACAGCCUUUCUUUCCUAUUUAUUGGCCGACCAGUUGGCAGGCCGGGCAACAAGCAACAACUGGCGCUUCUCACGUGUGUGGCAACACAUGUGAGGAGUACCCCCCUCCCCCCUUUUCUUCCCUUUGGCCCCCAUUUUUUAUGUGUGCGUGCGUGUGUGUAUGUGUGUGCCCAAGGUUCCUAGCAGGUUUUUUUGUAAGUAGGCAUUCAGAACACAAGCAGGUCUAGGUACAAGCAACCAGUGAAAAAAAAUAUAUAUAAUAAUAAAGUUCCUGCUGUCUGAAUGGA